UGGGGUGGUGCGGCGGUCCUGCUGCUGGUUGGGAUUGGCGGCACUGGCGUGAGUGACAGGCAGUGGGGCGAGCUGCGCGACCAGCGGUUUGUUUUUCCGAGCGUUCCUGAGGCGGAGAACGGUGGCCGUACGGAGCGACUGCGGGGCUGAGGGGCUGGCGGGCCGGCGGGCCGAGAGGCACCGCCGAGGCCGGGCUGGGCCAAGCCCAGGAGCGCCGGGGAUGUAGCGGGCCACCCUGCCCAUGCCACAGCGCCCGGCCGCAGGCGGAGCUGGAGCCGGAGCCUGGGGAGGCGGCGGGGGCCCUGAGCGCUGCCCUCGCCCCCCGCGCGGAGCCAGGCCCGCUGCUGUCUCCGCCGCCCGGGCCCCCGGCAUGCAGCUCCGGCUGCGGAGGUGACACUGCCGGGCUCGAGUCGCCGCCGCCGCCAUCGCCACCAUGGACGAGCAGGAGGCAUUGAACUCUAUCAUGAAGGAUCUGGUGGCCCUCCAGAUGAGCCGACGUCUCCGGGUGCCUGGAUGUGAGACCAUGAAGAACAAGGACACGGGUCACCCAAAUAGGCAGAAAAAAAACAACAGCAGCAGCUCAGCCCUUCUGAACAGCCCCACAGUAACAACAAGCUCAUGUGCAGGGGCCAGUGAGAAAAAGAAAUUUUUGAAUGACGUCAGAAUCAAGUUUGAGCACAACGGGGAAAGGCGAAUUAUAGCAUUCACCCGGCCUGUGAGAUAUGAAGAUGUGGAGCACAAGGUGACAACAGUAUUUGGGCAACCUCUUGAUCUACAUUAUAUGAACAACGAGCUCUCCAUCUUGCUGAAAAACCAAGAUGACCUUGAUAAAGCAAUUGACAUUUUGGAUAGAAGCUCAAACAUGAAAAGCCUUAGGAUAUUGCUGCUGUCCCAGGACAGAAACCAUAACAGUUCCUCUCCCCACUCUGGGGCAUCCCGGCAAGUGCGAAUCAAGGCUUCCCAGUCCGCAGGGGAUAUAAAUACCAUCUACCAGCCCCCUGAGCCCAGAAGUAGGCACCUCUCUGUCAGCUCCCAGAACCCUGGCCGAAGCUCACCUCCCCCUGGAUAUGUCCCUGAGAGGCAGCAGCACAUUGCCCGGCAGGGAUCUUACACCAGCAUCAAUAGCGAAGGGGAGUUCAUCCCAGAGACCAGCGAGCAGUGCAUGUUGGAUCCCCUGAGCAGUGCAGAAAAUUCCUUGUCUGGAAGCUGUCAGUCCUUGGACAGGUCAGCAGACAGCCCUUCCUUCCGGAAAUCACGAAUGUCCCGAGCUCAGAGCUUCCCUGACAACAGACAGGAGUACUCAGAUCGGGAAACUCAGCUGUAUGACAAAGGGGUCAAAGGCGGAACUUACCCCCGGCGCUACCAUGUGUCUGUGCACCACAAGGACUACAAUGAUGGCAGAAGAACAUUUCCUCGAAUACGGCGUCAUCAAGGCAACCUGUUCACCCUGGUGCCUUCUAGUCGCUCCCUGAGCACAAACGGCGAGAACAUGGGUCUAGCUGUGCAAUACCUGGACCCCCGUGGUCGUCUACGGAGUGCAGACAGCGAGAACGCCCUGUCUGUGCAGGAGAGGAGUGUGCCAACCAAGUCUCCUAGUGCCCCCAUCAAUUGGCGCCGGGGAAAGCUUCUGGGCCAAGGUGCCUUCGGCAGGGUCUAUUUAUGCUAUGAUGUGGACACAGGACGAGAACUUGCUUCCAAACAGGUCCAGUUUGACCCAGAUAGUCCUGAGACAAGCAAGGAGGUGAGUGCUCUGGAAUGUGAGAUCCAGUUGCUGAAGAACUUGCAGCACGAGCGCAUCGUGCAGUACUACGGCUGUCUGCGGGACCGUGCUGAGAAGACGCUGACCAUCUUCAUGGAGUACAUGCCGGGGGGCUCGGUGAAGGACCAGUUGAAGGCCUAUGGAGCCCUGACAGAGAGUGUGACCCGGAAGUACACCAGGCAGAUCCUGGAGGGCAUGUCCUACCUGCACAGCAACAUGAUUGUUCACCGAGACAUCAAGGGAGCCAACAUCCUCCGAGACUCUGCUGGGAAUGUGAAGCUGGGGGACUUUGGCGCCAGCAAACGCCUGCAGACCAUCUGCAUGUCGGGGACAGGCAUGCGUUCAGUCACCGGCACACCCUACUGGAUGAGCCCUGAGGUGAUCAGCGGUGAGGGCUAUGGAAGGAAGGCAGAUGUGUGGAGCCUGGGCUGUACUGUGGUAGAGAUGCUGACAGAGAAACCACCUUGGGCAGAAUAUGAAGCUAUGGCCGCCAUUUUCAAGAUCGCCACUCAGCCCACCAAUCCUCAGCUGCCUUCCCACAUCUCUGAACAUGGCCGGGACUUCCUGAGACGGAUUUUUGUGGAGGCUCGUCAGAGACCUUCAGCUGAGGAGCUGCUUACACACCACUUUGCACAGCUCGUGUACUGAGCUCUCAAGGCCACACACUUGCUGGCUGCCCUUCACCACAUAAGCAAGGGGCUGCUGUGGGGCUCAGCGAGUUGCUGCUUCUCCAGUCAAGGCUGUGGGCCACGGAGCUGCAGCCCUGCCAGCGUUUGUCUGCAUACCUUUUGUCACUGGACUUAGAGCUAGGUUGGGGUGGCAGCAGCCUCAAGGACUGGGGGUCCCCAGCCUGCCAGACCAAGAGCUCCCAACAUUCUGAGCUCCGUGUGGAGGGAAGGAGGCACGAACAGUACGCUCAGCGGCUGUGAGCCCCAACCUCCGGCUGUGUCCUGACACUGCAAUCUGCACCGAUGCCAGAGGGUCUGGGGCCACCAAGACUUGUGCCAGGGUAUGAAUAGUGUUAUUUUCACUCAGAGUGUUACUUUUUUUCUCCUCCCAAUGUCUAGAGACCACCAGGGUAUCUCGGGCUGGAUGAGACCACUCAAAGCCUGAGGUAAAACACAGCAUCCCCCAAGCAAUGGCAGGCAGAGGCCCAGGCUACCCCGCCACCCCCCCAGCCUACAGCUCCAGGUCACCUCUGCCGGUCCUGUCCAUUACCAAAGAUGAAUGGAGCAAAUGUCAUGCUGCCUUAUUCAGGGAAGGAGGAGCCUGUCCUGCCUGUCCCCAUGACCCUGCCCCCAUAAGCAAGGGGCCUGAGAUGUGGAAUUGUACCCACUGGUGGUGGGGGGGGACCCAAUUUUGUCAAUGCAAUUGUCUCUGUUUUACAAGUUGGAGUCACUCUUAUGCUAUACCCAGUUUCUCAACUGGAGACUUUGUGCCCUCUGGGCCCUAAGUACCCCUGCUGUGGGCUUGGGCCUAGGCUGGCCUGGGAAGAGCUGAGGGUAAUGGCUUUGGUGCUCCUGGCCCGGAUCAGUCCUCCCACUGGAAUGGAAGGGAAGUUGGACAACACAGUGAGGUCAUCUGGCCUGGCUGGUAUCCUGAGCUCAGAAGCCAGGAGGUGUCUCAGGCUGCCUGAGUCACGACCUGCCAGGCCAGAGCCCCCUGCAUCUGACAGAAGGGAAAGCCCAUGUGCUGCCACCAACUGUGUCCAAAACCGCCAGCUCUGUUCUUCCUUAGCCGGCCUUGCGCACCCCCAGGAGGUCUCAAACUCUUUCCAUUCUUGCUCCUCCCCUGGGGGGAAGAAUGGCGGCAGGGGUCUGGGAAACAGCAUCUCCGAGCAGCUUAGAGUUGGCCAUAUUUACCUCAGCCUGGGCGCUGGUCCUUUCUUCCGGCCCCUCCCCUCCAAAAUGUGCCUAUUGCUCAAGCUCCUCCCUCUCAACGCCUAGUUUCCUUGGGAGUUGUCAUUAAAGG